AUGGAUAGGAAGCAGGAGGACCUGGAUUACGACGUAAUCAUUAUCGGUGCUGGAAUCUCUGGCAUCAACUUUGCGUACCGGCUGCAAGAGCGCAAUCCGGAAUUGAGCUAUUGCAUUGUUGAGGAGCGCCAUGAAAUAGGAGGAACAUGGAGCUUAUUCCAAUAUCCCGGCAUUCGAUCAGACUCGGAUCUGUUCACCUUUGGGUUUGCAUGGCGCCCCUGGGCCGGGAAACACUCGAUCGCGCAUGGUUCAUUGAUUGCCAAGUAUGUGCGAGAUUGUGCAGAGGAAGAAGGAAUCGAAAAAGAGAUCAAGUUUAGACACCGAGUCAACCAACUGUCCUGGUCCACUGAGUCGAAAGCCUGGACUCUGGAUCUCACGGUGAACGAGACAUUUCCCAGCACUCUCCGAAGCCGGUUUGUGCUGCUUGGAACAGGCUACUACGACUAUCAUGAGCCCCUCCAGGCCGAUAUUCCUGGUAUUCAGCAUUUUGCUGGUACCCUGGUCCACCCGCAGUUUUGGCCCAAGGACCUCGACCUGAAGGACAAAAAGGUCGUCAUCAUCGGGUCAGGGGCGACAGCCAUCACAUUGCUUCCGUCAAUCGCAAAGACUGCAAAACAUGUAACAAUGCUACAACGCUCCCCUAGUUAUAUUUUGUCAAUCCCAAACGAAGACCUAGCGGAGAAAGUGAUUCGGCUUUUGUUCCCCGAAAUGCUCGCUCGGAAACUUAUUCGGUUCAAGUGGGUUUUCGUGCCAUUGGUUCUGGUGACAUUCUGCCAUUGGUUUCCUCUUCUGGCCAGAAAGCUGUUAUUGCUCUUAACCGCUAAAGAGCUACCCAAAGAUAUGCCUUUGGAUCCAAACUUUACACCCCGGUAUAACCCGUGGGAACAAAGGGUAUGCAUGUGCCCUGAGGCGGAUUUCUAUGAAAGUCUUCGAAGCGGAAAAGGGAGUAUCAAGACGGACGUGAUUCAAACUGUCAGUGAGACCAGCAUUCAGUUGCAAUCGGGCGAAGAGCUGCAGCCCGACAUCAUUGUGACAGCUACUGGACUGAAAUUACGAAUCGCUGGCGGGAUUGAAAUCUUCGUCGAUGGCGAACAAUAUCACAUUGGCGAUCAUUUUCUUUGGAAGUUUGCCAUGAUGGAUGAGCUUCCGAAUGCCAUCUUUGCAUUCGGUUACGUUGAUGCCAGCUGGACUCUUGGAGCUGAUGCCACGGCCAAACUGGCAUGCCGCAUGCUCAAGAAGAUGAAAAUGGACGGCACUACCAUGGUAGUGCCCCGAAUGGGAGACGAGGAGAGACUACACAUCAAGAAAGUUCCAUUCCUUGACUUGAAGUCUACCUAUGUCCAACAGGCACGGAAUGUGCUACCAGGGGUCGGUGACCGUUCUGUGUGGCAGCGAAGAUCAUACUAUUGGAGGGAUCUGGCAGUCGCUGUGUACGGAAAUCUCGAGAAGGGGACAGUGUGGACGAAAUGA